AUGGAUGAGCUUACCCGACUCCGAGAGGAGAACCAACGCCUAAAGCAACAGCUAGCGGCUCAACAACAAUCGCAAACUAAUGGUACCCACACUGAGAGUUCAUCCACUCCUCAAACUGAACUCUGUGCUGAGGAAUACCUCCGCUAUGGUCGCCAGAUGAUCACCCCUCAUUUCCAUUCCUUACAGGGACAACUCCGUUUACGCCACACUAAAGUGCUCGUGGUGGGUGCUGGCGGGUUAGGGUGUCCUGCGAUCGCCUACCUUGCUGGUGCCGGUGUGGGAAAGCUUGGUAUUAUUGAUGGCGACACUGUGGACGAGUCAAACCUCCAUCGGCAAAUCCUCCAUACUACCGCUGGCCAACUAAAGAGCGAGCUGGCCCAGCAGUUCGUCGACCGUUUGAACCCUCACGUGGCUACGGAGAUCUACCCGUUUCGCCUUUCGGCUACCAAUGCAUUUAACCUAUUUAGUGGCUAUGACGUCAUCUUGGACUGUACCGAUACUCCGGCGACCCGUUAUUUGAUUAACGAUGUAGCGGUACUUUUAGGCAAACCGUUAGUGCUGGGUUCCGGUUUGAAGACCGAGGGUCAAUUCACGGUGCUUAAUUUCAACAACACGGGUCCCUGCUACCGGUGUUUCCACCCCAAGCCGCCGCCUCCCGAUUCAGUGACGUCGUGUAGCGAUGGCGGUGUCAUCGGGCCUGUGAUCGGCCUUGUUGGUACCGCCAUGGCUACCGAAGCCAUCAAAGUUAUCACGGGAUACUAUACCGCUGACAAUUUCAAACCAUUUUUGGCCGCAUACUCCGCUUAUCCGUUCCAGCAAUUGAGACAUUUCAAGAUGAGACCGCGAAAGCCUGACUGCGCCGUGUGUCUGGCUCAGGCCACCAUCACCAGACAAUCGAUUGAGGCGGGAGAGAUCGAUUAUGUCGCAUACUGUGGACGCGUCACCUUCGACCCGCUUCCUGCCGAUAUGAGAAUCAACGCGAACCAGUUCAACAAAGAAAGCGUCAUCAUCGAUGUUAGGCCAAAGGAACAGUUUGAUAUCACUAAGAUUGACGGAGCGAUUAACGUGCCCAUCACUGACCUUAGCCAAGCCAAUGUGGACAAUUUACAGCUUGACCACAGUGCUCCGAUCACGGUGGUGUGUCGGUUUGGUAACGAUUCCCAGAUAGCUGUGCAAAAGCUUCGCGAUUGGGGGUACACCGAUGCCGUUGACGUCAUUGGCGGCCUCAAGCGGUGGCGUCAAACUUAUGGUGACGUCGUUGAUUACUGA